AUGAAUACCAACAAACCGUUGUAUUACCCAAGUUUGAAGGUUGUUUUGCUGUAUAUGGAAGCCAAUAAACGAAUUUCUCUUUCCCAACGCUGUCCAUUGCUUCACAAAUUGGAAAAGUUAUUACCAUUGAGAAUCAAGGAAUUGAAGUUUUCGGAUUUCGCCACAAUUGUGAACAAUGUUUCCUAUAAGUUGGGUAUUCACAGAAAGGAUCGUUAUGGUCCGACACCGGCAUACAUUGAAGAAAUAAAUCAAGAAGGAGGAGUUUUAGGAGACAUCGAUAGAUAUGGAUUGGAAACGAAUCCUGGUUCCAAAUAUGUGUUGCCAGGAGAUGUCGUCCUGAGAGAGCAACUGCAACAUGAUGAAGAAUUCGAUGUUGAAAACUAUCUCAGAAGACUAUUGCAAAUAUUUAAAAAAGUUGAAGAGAAUAGCAAGAAGUUAGUUGAUGGAAACGUUUUUUUCAAUGAUGCGUUAUUAGGGGACACUAUUAUGACAACUCUCACCGAAGGACUGCCGAUUGAGAACGAAGAUGUUGAAGCGAUUGUGAGCAGCUUUGUGUUGGAUCCAAAACAAUAUAUGAAAUCCAUUGAAAAUACCAACAACAAGCUGGCACCAUACAACAAUCGUCGCCUCGGAGUUGAUGCGCCAUACUUCAAUUCCAUCCAGUUGACCAUCUCAUCUGCCCAUCGAGUAGAAAGAGUUGUCUAUAACGCACCCAUCUUUCAAGCGAUGAAUUAUCUGAAUUCAGUACUGUUUGGAGGACGGAAAUCAGCGAUAUUUGUGAAAAACCUAGAAAUUACCUCAGACCAACAGGUUCUCCGAUUGCCUGCAGGUCUCAAAUUGAAAGUUUUGAACUUGGAAUAUUACAACAGCACUAUGAGCAGUAUUGGAGCUCUGAAGGCUAUUCUAGAUAAAUCGUCUUUUCCAUUGAAUAGCUUAACCCUUGGUGGUGCAACGGAUGAAUUCAUGGAUUAUCAAAGAUCAUCGUUUGGAGAAGUCAAAAAUCUUAUACUGGACAACGAUUUUAUGGAAAGGGAAUCAUGGACUCCAAUUCUCCAGGGUCUCAAUCAUCCACGUGUCACAUUGUUAUAUGAAAAUACACUAGAACCAGCGAAUGAUUACACUGAUUUGAUUCAAUUCUGGAUGGAACACAAGCGGCAUAUUGGAACUUGGUACACUUUUUCUAUUAUUGAAGAAGAAACUGUACUAAGAUGUUUGAACACGAUGAAAUUACGAGAGGAAGUCACUGAAGUAUCCGAACGAUCCGUCACACUCAAAAUGACCGAUACCUCUAAUUUGAGAGUUUCAUACGACAUUGUGAUUUCUGGCGGUAUUGAGGUGCGAUACAAAUUGGAACUAAAAGUUAUUCGUGCCAGAACGUAG